AUGUUUACUCAUAAUUACCAGCACAUCCUGGCCUUGGCAUUUGCUGUGAAGGAAAUCAAUGAGAAUAUCCACAUCUUACCCAAUGUCAGUUUGGGCUUCCACAUUUUAAAUAGCCAUUUUUUUGCAAGAUGGACCUAUCUUGCCUCUUUGGAACUUCUAUCCACAAAGGACAAAUUCAUCCCUAACUACAAAUGUGACAUUCACAGUAACAUUGUGGGAGUCAUUGGGGGACCUAAUUCCCAAGUCUGCCUCCACAUGACAAACAUCCUGAGCACCUACAAAGUUCCGCAGGGUAUCUGUGUGGAUUUCUUAGAAACAAUGCCCAAAAUGUCUUUUUCAGGUGAUGUUGCUGAAGAAGCAAUGACAUGGUUUGAAACAUCCCAUAUUGUCACAGGAACUACUGCCAAUGCUGUUAUUAUACAAGGUGAAAUACAUACUAUUAGUGUCUUAAGAUCAAUUUUCCACUUUGCCCAAUUUUAUGAUAUACCAAUUGAGAGCCGAGUGUGGAUUAUGACAGCCCAGAUGGAUUUUGCGUCUCCUGGUUUUCUAAGAGAUUGGGACAUACAUUUCCUCCAUGGUGCUCUAUCAUUCGCUAUUCACACAAACUAUCCUAGAGGAUUCCAGACAUUUCUGAAGGAAAGAAACCCUAUCUCAGAAAACAGAGAUGGCUUUAUCAGAGUCUUCUGGAAAGAUGCAUUUAAUUGUGACUUCUCAAAUUCCACUCUGGAUGAGAGAGAUGAGUUGAUUUGCACAGGGGAGGAAAAGCUGGAGACUCUACCUGGGACCCUGUUUGACAUAGGCAUGUCCGGCCACAGUUACAGCAUCUACAAUGCAGUUUACAUUAUGGCGUACGCUCUGCAUGCAAUAACUUCAUCCAAGUCAAAAGGGAGAGCAAAGAUGGGAUGGUUAAGACAAAAUCGACUGAAUGAAGAGCCAUGGCAGAAAAGACCCCGUUCCCUGUGUAAUGGCAAUUGUCACUCAGGUUCAAGUAGAGCCAAAAUAGAAGGAAAGCCGUAUUGCUGCUACGAGUGCCUUCCAUGUCCAGAAGGGAAGAUCACCAAUCAGAAAGAUAUGGAUGAUUGUUUGCCAUGCCCAGAAGGACAGUAUCCAAACAAGGACCAUGACUCAUGCCUUCCAAAACAUAUAGUUUUCCUGUCUUAUGAAGACCCCUUAGGGACCAGUUUGGCUACUACAGCAAUUGUCUUUGCUUGCAUUGCCACUGUGGUGCUUGGGAUCUUCAUCAAAUACCAGGACACUCCCAUCGUCAAGGCCAACAACCGGAACAUCACCUACCUUCUCCUUGUCUCCCUUGUGCUCUCAUUCCUUUGCAGUUUAUUGUUCAUUGGACAACCUGAAAAGGUGACCUGCCUUUUCCGACAGCCUGCUUUUGGGAUUGUCUUCUCAGUGGCCAUUUCUUGUGUAUUGGCCAAAACCAUCAUUGUGAUUUUAGCUUUCAUGGCUUCAAUGCCAGGAUCCAAGAUGAGGAGAUGGCUGGGAAAAGGAUUAGAUAAUUAUAUUGUUGUUUCCUGCUCCCUUAUUCAACUCAUUGUUUGCAUUGUGUGGCUUGUAACCUCUCCCCCAUACCCAGAUGCUGAUAUGAACUUAGUGGCAGAUGAAAUCAUCCUGGGAUGCAAUGAAGGCUCCACUCUCAUGUUUUACUGUGUCUUGCUCUACCUGCUUUUCCUUGCCAUUGUUGGCUUCAGUGUGGCUUUCCAAGCCCGGCAUUUACCGGACAGUUUUAACGAGACCAAGUUUAUCUCCUUCAGCCUCUUGUGUUUUUGCAGUGUCUGGUUGUCCUUUUUUCCCACAUAUCUGAGCACCAAGGGGAAAUACAUGGUGGCUGUGGAGAUCUUUUCUAUACUAUCUUCUAGUGCAGGGUUAUUGGGAUGCAUCUUUUCUCCAAAAUGCUUUGUUAUUCUACUAAGGCCUGACCUGAACAAUAAGAAACAGUUAAUGAGAGGCAAGAAAGUGGAAACAUAG